CUUAUCUACUGUGUUGUUUAUUUGGCUAUUAAUAUUCCAAUUAGUGUACCACCAGAUCAGUAAAGAGUGUAAGAUUGUAAGAUUAAGACUGUUACCAUGACGCGAAGGGUAAUUGGAUGUUACGGAGUAAGAUCUGGGGAGACCCGCAUUGUGCGAGAGAAAACGUCAGGAAGCCUCUUUCCAACCAAGUUCGACAACUACAUUGUGUACAACGUAGGAAAGACUCCUGUAACAGCAGAGGGAAUUUUCUCAACUAAAUUAAGGUGGCAUAAAGCUGUCACGAGCUAUGUUCUACAACCAGGUGAAUCACGUGUACUUGAAAUGUCGGGAGUUUUGUUUUUUGGAAUUGGAAUUCGCCUUAUUAACGAGUCAAAUUCCAGGGCUAUUGUCCACUGUGCUGAUGAAACUGGUUAUGUCAUUUUAGAGGAAGGAACUGCCCAAAAGCCAAAAAUCGAUAUUGAUAGAGUAGAAAUAACUAAUAAUCGCUACUGUAUUGGCAAAUUAUCUUAUAUUGGCGAUGACUUUUCCAAAAUCAUUAACAUAUUUUGGCCCAAACAUGAAGCAAAUAUCUGGAGCAAGUUUCAGGAUCUAGUAAAUGAUGAAUUAGAUACAACUGUAAGGGAACAAGUAAAUAGCGUACUAAAUAAUGAGUUAAGGAUAAUCAAAGACCACCUAGAUGAUCUUAACAAAAAUAUCGAAAAUUCCGCUGACCUUUACAAAAACACAUCAGACUUAAUAUUUGGUCUCGAAAAGGAAUUUACAUUUGCAGACUAUAAGAAUCAUGAAAUGAGUUUCUAUUGUCUUCCAUAUUAUUCAGCUCUGGUUACUUUGCAAGUACUUUAUUACCAAUUCGGGAUUGUUAACCAAAAGAAGAUCAAUCUUCGGGACGAAUAUAUCACGAAAAUAAAAAAUGAUUCUAAAAUUCUUGUUGAUUUUGCAGUAACGUGGGUACAAAAAGUAUUCACUGAGGAGUUGAAUCAUGUUUAUGAAACGUGUGAUGCUAAUGAAAUUUACAAUUCUUUGCUUGCUGUUCGUUAUUUAUGCAACUCGCAUGGAUUACAGUUUAUGGAGUAUUGGCAAGCCAUUGUGGCAGACCCCUUUCGUAAAACAAGACCAGAUAUAACUGCCAUAGUUUAUACAAAAGCAUUUGGUACCCCCACUCCUACUUUAGCUAGACAAAUGGUGCUUCUCUCCAAUCCUCAGCCACUCACACCUGCUCUCAUCGAUGGUAAACGAAAUAGAAUCAUUGAAAUUGAGGUAUACGAGACUAGUGAUAAACAAGGCAUCAGUGGUUUAGCAAUAACCUAUGAAAACGGAGAUUACAUUGUUCAAGGUGAUGAUACAGGUCUGGAAGGGGGUAAAAUUGAUCUAAGGAACAAUUAUCUUAUUCGAGUUACAGCUGCUGGUCCAAAUAGGUUGGACGCUCUAUCUUUCCUUUUGGAUGAUGGUAGUACCCAAUGUUUUGGCGUCGUGAAUGGAGACAAGAUGAUCUAUGAAAUGUUGGACCAUCAUAUAGCUGGAAUUUUUAUAGCUAAUGAUUGUUCCAAGUCAGAAAAUCAUCGAAUGUUAUCAAGGGUGGCUUGUAUUACAGUAUCUUAUCAAUUAAUACCACAAGUUUAAUUGUACAAUGAACAAGAAUUAAAAAAAAAGGUUGUGAAUGGCUAAAUGAUACCCUGUCUAUGCCAUAAAAACAAAAAAAUAUUUCUGCACUGCAUAUACAUAGUAAUUCUUACUGUACUGUAAUGUUCAAAUACAUUUAAAAAUAUGUAAAGUUAUAAAUAAAAUGUUACUACUUAAAAUUU